UUAGGGUAGGAUAGGAAGGUUGGAGUAGUCCGAGCCGCCCAGAGGAGCUGGCAGCACAGCGAGUGCUGACCCAUUCAUUGAUAGCCUCUUGCAUCUCAAACUCGGGUUGGCGCUAAGUUUACAGGGUCCUCAGGAUGGCUUAGGGGGCAACUUCUUCUAUCCAAGCCACCAUGUAUGGAAGCUGCCUUUUAGAAAAAGAAGCGGGAAUGUACCCAGGCACUCUCAGGAACCCUGGAGGAGGCAGCACAGCCGGAGUGGGCACCUCUGGGGGCAGUGGUAGUCCUCUGCCUGCCUCCAACUUUACUGCAGCCCCAGUUUACCCACACUACAUGGGGUAUCCACAUAUGUCCAACAUGGAUCCUCACGGGCCUUCGCUGGGAGCCUGGAGCUCACCCUACAGUCCGCCCCGGGAAGACUGGAGUACAUACCCUGGGCCGUCCAGCACAAUGGGCACAGUGCCCAUGAACGACAUGACCUCGAGCUCCCCAGCUUUCGGCUCCCCAGACUACAGCACUCUGGGCCCCACUGGCGGUGCAGGCGGUGCAAGCAACGGCGGUAGCCUGCCAGACGCGGCCAGCGAGUCACUGGUUUCCAUCGACUCAGGCACCUCUGGCGGCGCCACUUCUCCCAGCAGGAGCCGCCACAGCCCCUACGCGUGGAUGCGCAAGACUGUGCAGGUGACCGGGAAAACCAGGACAAAAGAAAAGUAUCGUGUGGUCUACACGGAUCAUCAAAGGCUGGAGCUGGAAAAGGAAUUUCACUGCAAUAGAUACAUUACCAUCCGGAGGAAGUCAGAGCUGGCAGUUAACCUGGGCCUUUCUGAGAGACAGGUGAAAAUCUGGUUUCAGAAUCGCAGAGCCAAGGAGAGGAAGAUGAUCAAAAAGAAAAUCUCCCAGUUUGAGAACAGUGGAGGUUCCGUGCAAAGUGACUCUGGCUCCAUCAGCCCCGGAGAACUGCCUAAUGCUUUCUUCACCACUCCAUCUGCUGUCCGUGGGUUUCAGCCAAUUGAGAUACAGCAGGUCAUAAUUUCUGAAUGAAACGGGAGCAGAGAAACCAACGCAUCCUUCCUGUUACAGUGUCUCUUUGGCCUCUAAGAUAACAGCAGGGCAGUUGAGAUCGGAUAUACUUCCUUAUAAGGCACAAUUCCAAACAAGUAGACACACCAUGAGUUGGAGAUAUUUCAGAAGACUCUAAUAUUAAGAAAAAUCUUAUUUCAUGCUGUCAAAUGGGCACUGGGCAGAAAGCUGUGCGAUACGUUUUUCUACUUAAAGUCUAGAUUCAAGAGCCCUUGAAACUUUGUUUACAAUUUCAGAAACUCAUUUGUUCCUAUGCUCUUGUGUUUGUUAUUUGAUUCUGAGUAUCUUCCUGGUCUUUUUAGGGGAUAGGAGUAAGGUAAGCAUACAUUUCUCUAUCUGGAGACAUUGUUUGGAGGGAGUAAUUAAAAAACCACCAGUCUUUUUAACAAGCUAACUGUGUAAAACAGCAUCAAGAAGUGAUUACGAAUCUAUUGGUUAAUUACAUGAAGAUCACUUUUCCCUUUGAAUAAUACUCACUUACCAUCAAUUACCUGGUCAUAGAAUUUAGAAGAUUUAUUUCAAAUCGUGUCAAAACAAUG